CGGUGGAGUUCCAAGUCUAGUCGACUCGGUCUAGUCGAAGUCAAGAUCGUGUCAGGAUGGGUUCCAUUGUCCAAUACUUUAUUAAACAAAGCAGCAAAAUUUGGCAACUGAGAGAUUUAAGAACGGAUGGAUGGCUCCUCGCGGAUUCGCCAAUGACUCCAGUGCUUCUCUGUUUUGCCUACCUUUUCAUGGUCAGAGUCUGGGGUCCCAAGUUCAUGGAGAGUCGGAAAUCUUUUCAAUUGCAAGGUGUAAUGAUUGCCUACAACGCAUUUCAAAUUGUGCUCAACGGUUGGUUGUUCUGCGAAAUUUGUCGAUUGACGUGGUUCAACGGCUAUAGCAUCAUCUGCCAACCGAUGGAUUACUCCCAAAACGAAGAUGCCCUUCGACUGAUGUUUAUGGGCUAUUGCCUUUACAUUUCAAAGUUGAUUGAUUUCCUUGACACGCUAUUCUUUAUCUUGCGUAAAAAGGAAAAUCAAAUCACUUUUCUUCACGUUUUUCACCACACUGCUACACCGCUUUCCGUAUGGCUUGGCUUCCGUUUUAUUCCUGGUGGACAUAGCAGCUUUUACCCGACGUGCAACACCCUGGUGCACACUGUAAUGUACCUCUAUUAUAUGAUGGCAGCGAUGGGACCGAGCGUCCAAAAAUAUCUGUGGUGGAAGAAAUACCUCACCGUUUUGCAAAUGGUUCAAUUCGUGAUGCUCGGCUUGCAUAGCAUACAAUUGCUUUUCAUUGACUGUGACUAUCCUAAAGCGUAUUCGUGGGGUACGGCCACGCAAGCCGUAAUGUACUUCAUUCUUUUCAAAAAUUAUCAUAAGGGAGCAUACGGCAGCCGCCCAACUCAAAUGUCUGCGCUUGCAAAGUCUGCUCCACCGAGUGUUAUGGAGAAAAAGCAUUUGUAAUAUGUGUGACAAGAUACAUUAUAGUUACGGUUGCCUUGGAAGAGGGGAAAAACAACGCAAAAACGCUCACUAUGUCGGGUCACUGCUCCACGUAACCCUAAAAAACUAACAUUCACUGUAUCGGGUCACUGUUCCAGGUAACUCUUAAAGGUUAGAAGAAGAUGGUGAUAGAACCGAUGAUAACCGGUACAAUACGGCAAUAAGCAGCAAUUGUAACUAUUUUAAUAUCACCAGCCAGAAGCCCAACACACUUUGCGGUCGAUGGGGAUGUUAUUCUAAUCGCAUGACUCAUGAUCCUGUAGGAAUCGUGAAUGUUUAUUACCUUUCCCGAGUUAACCCAAUUUUUGGCAACCUCAGGCUUCGUAGUGGAGAUGCAAAUGAAUAACAAUGAUCUGUCAAGUUCA